CUCAGACUACCCAUCAGGGCGGGAGAAGUGUGAAUAGGCCAUUUCUCUAAUUACCUUUCUUCUUACCAGCGAGCGAGCGAAUCGUCACACCGAAUCGAUGGCUGCCGCCGCCGCCCUCGCGGAAGCCAGCAAGUGGCUGGCCGUCUCGGCGAAAGCCGUCGCUGAAGCCAGCAACUGGGCCUCCGUCGCGGCGAAAGCCUGGGAGUCCGACGAGGACGCCGACAAGCGCUUGUCCAUCGCGUCGAACGCGGCCGCCGAAGCCAAGAAGUGCGCCGCCGUCGCGGCGAAAGCGGCCGCCGAAUCCAAAAAGUGGUCCUCCAUCGCGAUAUCCAAACGCAAGUCCCUCGCUGUGGUGCCCCCUUCUCGGGACAAGGCAGGCAUCAAGAAUGGCUUCAAGGAGGAGGAGGAGGAGGAGGAGGAGGAGGAGGAGGAGCUGCUGGUCAUCACCAACCCUAAGCUGGGCAGUCUCAUCUACCAUUGCUUCGAAGCGGAAUAG